AUGAAGUACAGGCUGAUAUCACGAAAGCCUAGGACAGAUAUUAAGGAAGUUACCGAAGUUGAAAACGUAACAUUCAGACCACGCCGAACCAAAACUAAAGAAGAUGUUGAACAAGAGUUUAAAAUCUCACUUAACACGUACGAGGAAGAAGAUAUUUCGAUGUCUGGUAAAGUUCGUUUGAAACCAAAGAAACGUCCAAUGACAUAUUCAGAAGAAACUGGGGAAGAAACGAUUCGAUUUAUUCAAGAAGUUGAAGAUGAUUCUGGUCCUGUCAUAGAAGAAAUCAUUGAUGAAUCUGAUGAAGAGGGUAAAUAUAGUAUUGAAGAACUGGAAACCGAUGAGAUGAAAAUUCCUUUGAGAAGAAAAGUAAAGAAACAACCUCGUCCAUAUUCUGUAGAAGAAUUCGAAGAAGGGGAUGUACAAAUGAAAUUGAAACGCGAAAGAAAAUAUUCAUACGAAGAAACAGAUGAAUCCUUGGCUUUGAAAUUAAAAGCUAAAAGACGGCCAUCUACUUACGAUGAAGAAGAAGCAACACUUAGCAUCACCAGGGAAGAAGAUAUUUACGAAGAAGAAGUGGAGUAUGUUGUUCGUGAUGGCGAUACGAUGUAUUCAAUUUGUUCGUACGUAGCUGAAACAGAUGAAGCAAUUAAUCUUGUUGAGGGUGAAAAAGUAUACAUAAUUGAUCACACAAAUCAGGACUGGUGGUUUGUAAAGAAAAAUUUAACAGAAGAAAAAGGAUGGGUACCAGCGCAAUAUCUGUUAGAUGAAGUACAUUACACUAUCUAUUUACAACGUAAAUUACAUGAAAAGAUCGACAAAUUACCUGUAUUUGAAAAACCAGCACCAGGAGAAAAGGCAUCUGCUCCAAGAUUUAUUGAGAAAUUACAACCAAUUCAUACGCCGGAUGGAUAUACAGUGCAAUUCGAAUGUCAAGUGGAAGGUGUACCAAGACCUCAAAUAACUUGGUUCCGUCAAACCGCUAUCAUUAAACCAUCACCAGACUUCCAAAUUUAUUAUGAUGAUGAUAAUGUAGCAACUUUAAUUAUAAGAGAAGUUUUCCCCGAAGAUGCAGGUACAUUUACUUGCGUUGCCAAGAAUACAGCAGGAUUUGCAUCUAGCACAACUGAAUUAAUAGUAGAAGCUCCUUUAUCUGAUCAUGGAUCAGACUUAACUGGACCAUCCAGAAAAAGUUUGUCAAGAGAAUCUUCACUAGCUGAUAUUCUCGAAGGAAUUCCACCAACGUUCUCUCGAAAACCAAAAGCAAAAUAUGUCAAUGAAGGUGAUGAUGUGAUACUUGAAAGUCGUCUGGUAGCCGUACCAGAACCUGAAAUCUCAUGGUAUUACAAGGACACACAGCUAACUAGCAAAGAAAAUAUUGUCAUCACAAGCGAAAGUGAUAUGCACAUGUACUGUAGUAUAGUCAAAAUUUCCAAAGUUCAGAAAAUACAAGAAGGAAGGUAUAAAAUUGUUGCUAAAAAUAGAGAGGGUGAGGCUAGCAUCGAAAUACCUUUAAAGGUCAAAACUAGAGAUAAUGAACCACCAGAAAUAUUAGAACCAUUACAAUCGUAUGUUGUACGAGAAGGAGAAACCGUUGUUUUAUCUACUCAAAUUGUUGGUAAUCCAGCACCAAAAAUAGUAUGGUAUAAGGAUGGCAAACCAAUUAAGGAUUUAACACCACAACAAGAUGGUCAUGUAAAUACAUUGACCAUAAUCCAACCAAAAUUAGAAAAUACAGGAGAAUAUUCUGUUGUUGCUACUAAUAAUCUUGGCAAAGCUGAAACUCAAGCAACAUUGAUAGUUGAAAUGAAUCUACAUCUCAAGUCUGCCUUGCUUAUUAACAUUGAACAGCAAGACGAAGAGUUCUGCAUCUUAUCUUCUAAGGAAAUACCAAGUGGUGCACCCGAGCCACCACUAUUUACUGAAAGAUUCCAAGAAGUUAUAGUACCUGAAAAAGGUACCUUCAAACUUGUUGCAAAAGUUACUGGAAAUCCUGUCCCAGAAAUAACUUGGUUAAGAAAUAACGAGCCAUUGGAAAAAUCACCAAAUAUAAAAAUAAGUUACGACGGGGAAAAUAUUUCUCUUGAGAUUAAAAAUGCUGAUUCGGAGACAGAUUCUGGAGAUUAUAAAUGUGUUGCCAGUAAUCCAGUUGGAAAGGCUUCGCAUGGAGCUAAAGUUACUGUGGAUGUUGAUAAAGUAACGUUUACAAAGAAAUUAAAAGAAAAAGUCACAGUUGAUGAAUACAAAAUGCUGGAACUUGUAUGUGAAACCUCUCAUACAGUAUCCACAACAUGGUGGCAUAAUGAAAAAGAAAUCAGUGGUAUGGAUCAUCGUGAAAUUGUUCAAGAAGGACGAGUACAUAAGCUGGUCAUCAAAAAGACAAAUGCUAUUGACGAAGGCACAUACAAGUGUACUGUCAAAAAUCAGACAACAUCUAGCACUGUCACUGUGAAACCUGCUAAACCUGAGUUUACAAGAAAACUACAAGACUUUGAAGUGAAGGAACGUGAAACAGCAAUUUUAGAAGUUGAAAUAACAUCUGAGACUGUUGAUGUCGAAUGGUAUAAAGACGGAGUACCAUUAAAACCGAGCAAUGAAAAACUAGACUUUGUAAAAGAAGGCACAGUAAGAAAAUUACUUAUCAGAAGUACAUCAGUUCAUGAUGAAGGAGAAUACACAUGUACAUUACUUAAUCAACAAUGUACAGCUGAAGUUACUGUUGUUGAAUUACCACCAGAAAUCAUUACUAAAAUGCAAGAUGUGACAAUAGCUAGAGGAGAGAAAGCUAUUUUCGAUAUUGAAUUAACCAAAGGUGAUGCAUUAGUGCGCUGGUUUAAGGAUAAUCAGGAAUUACAGUUCUCUGAACAUGUACAACUUUCUAUUGAUGGCAAGAGACAGAAGUUAAAGAUCUAUGAUACAGAAUCUGAAGAUGCAGGUGUCUAUUCAUGUCAAGUUGGAGAACAAACAUCUUCAGCUAAAUUAAUUGUCGAAGAACCUGGUGUAGAUUUUAUUGCUAGACUACCAGAUGUUACAUUGGUACCAUUGAAUAAAGAUGCUACCUUCCUUAUUGAAAUAUCUCAAUCAAAUAUUCCAGUCACAUGGUUAAGAAAAGGAGAAAUCAUCAAAAAGUCUGAAAAAUAUGUUAUUAUUGAUGAGGGUAAUAUAAAGAAACUCAUCGUAAAGAAAUGUACAACAGAAGAUAUUGCAGAAUACACAGCUGUUGUGACAAAUGUAAAAACAUCAUCCAGAUUAAAGGUUGAAAUUAUAGAAACACCACCGAAAAUUAAUCCAAAUACUCAGACAAAAUAUACAGUGAACAAAGAAGAUGACAUCGAAAUUAUAGUCAAAUUCACAGCAACACCAAUGCCAACAGAUGAAUGGACUGUUGAUGGUCGUAUUGUUACAAAAUCUAAGAGAAUUACUCCUUCAAUAGAUGAAGAAUCUGCUGUUUUAACUAUUACAAAAGUACAGGAAGAAGAUGUUGGUGAUUACAACUUGAGACUAUUCAAUCCACAUGGUGAUGCUUCUAUAGUAAUAAGUGUUGCAAUUGCACAACCACCAAGCAAACCAGGUACUCCAGAGCCUUUAGAAUUAACAGAUGAAAGCAUUACAUUGCAUUGGAAAAAGCCAGAAUCAGAUGGAAACUUGCCAAUUACAGAAUACAUUUUAGAAUAUCAUGAGAAGGUGGAAACUUCAUGGAUCAAAGUUACAGAAAAGAUUACAGAAACAAGUCACAAAGUAACAAAAUUAACAACAAACAAGGAAUAUACUUUCCGUGUAACAGCUGUUAAUAAAAUAGGUCUUAGCGAACCAUCUUCGGAAUCACCAUAUUUCAAAAUUGUAAAGCCAUCAGAAUUAGAGCCACCAAUUAUUUUGGAGCCACUAAGAAGUGUAAAUGUAGGUUUAAAACAAAGCGUAACACUUUCUUGUGUCAUUGGUGGAUCGCCAGCACCGGAAAUUACAUGGUUCAAGAAUAAUCAACCGUUCGCUAAUGCUAAUAUAACUUAUGAAAAUCGUGUAGCAAAAUAUAUAAUUUCGGAAACAACAGAAACAUCUUCAGCAACAUUUACUGUAAAAGCAGAAAAUGAAGUUGGUACAGCAGAAACCACAUGUGAAUUGAAGAUACAAGAGUCACCAAAAUUGACUGUCGAUGAAACAUUGGCAAAUCAAAAACUACCUGUUAGUUCAGAAUGGAAGAUAGAUGUUCAAACCAGUGGUUUCCCAACGCCAGAUGUAACAUGGUCGAAGAAUAGUCAAAAGAUAAUUGAUAAACGAGUAUCAACUCAUACUGUAGAGAAAAUUUCUAUUAUCUCUAUUAACUCUAUUAUCCGAGAAGAUACUGGUACUUACACAGCAGAAGCAAUUAAUGAAGCUGGUACUUCUUCUAUAGAUGUUCACCUCAAAGUUAUAGAUAAACCAAGUAAACCUCAAGGACCAAUAAUAACAAAAGAAAUCAGGCAAGAUCGUAUCACAGUUGAAUGGAAAGCACCAAUUGAUGACGGUGGUGUUGAAAUAGAAAAAUAUACUAUUGAAAAAUGUGAAACAGCUAAGAUGAAUUGGACGAAAGUAGCUGAUGUUGAUAAAGACAUAGAAAGUUUCUGUGUACAAAAGUUACAAUUAGAAGUAGAGUAUAUGUUCAGAGUAAUUGCUAAAAAUUCUGUAGGUGCAUCAGAACCUUUAGAAUCUGAACGAAUAAAGACAAGAAAGUCCGAUGAUCCACCUGGACCACCAAGAGGACCUUUAGAGGUUUCUGGCAUGACUAAAACAUCCUUCACAAUAAAAUGGCAAGCUCCAGAAAAUGAUGGUGGUUCACCAAUCAUAGAUUACACCAUUGAAAUGACAGAGUCAUCAAAGAAAGCAUGGCAGAAGGUGGGCAACACAAAGGCUGAGGUGACAAACAUCAGUGUAUCAAAUUUGAAAACCGAUAUGGCAUACGAUUUUAGAAUAACAGCAAGAAAUAAAAUUGGAAUGAGUGAACCAUACAUCUCCGAGGAACCAAUUAUAGCUGGAAAGAGAGCAAAAAUAACAAAGCUUACAGAUAGCAACUUAUAUGCAUUACUAGGCAUAUUUCCACCAUCAAAAAUUGUUUUAACUAAAACACCACCAUCUAGUCCGCUCAAUGUUCGAGUAAUAAACUUCACAAGUAAAAGUGUAACACUUACAUGGUCCCCGCCCGCUAAUAAUGGAGGAACUGAACUUACAGGUUACAUUAUCGAAAAACGACCAUUAAUUGGUAAAGGUUCAAGAUGGAUAAAGGUCGUUACUUUGGAAGCUACAACUCACCAAUAUUGCAUUGAAAAUUUGAAGGAAAGUGAAUUUUUGUUCAGAGUAUUUGCUGAGAAUAGUAUGGGUCUCAGUUUACCUACAAAUUCAGAACCAGUUACUCUUAAAACUCAUGCUACUGUACCAUCAGCACCUACUGCCCCACUAGAAAUCAGACAAAUAGCUGCAAAUACAGUGGUUAUAGAAUGGGGUAAACCAGAAUCAGACGGUGGUGCACCUUUAGAAGGAUAUAGAAUCGUUAUGAGGGAUGCUAAAAAGACUAUGUGGAUUGAAGUAGGACGAGUCAAGGCUGAUAUAUUAAAAAUAAAUAUAAAAGAUCUUCAAGAGAAUCAUGAGUAUCUAGUGAGAAUUUACGUUAGAAAUGAGGUUGGUCUCAGUGAACCAUUGGAGUCAGAUGAGCCUUUUAAAAUACUACCAACUUCAGAAUUAGCAGUGGUGGAGCCAGUCGCAGAAGCAACAGACAAAGGUGAACCUGCAUCUGUGAGUUUCAGCACAGAAAAUACAAGUUCCUGGCUGCGAGAGCAUAAUAUGGAUGCUGAUAUUCAUUCUUAUGCUAGAGGAAGACUUCUUAGAAAGGAUGAAUACUUUUUCCGCAUUUGGCAUAAUGCUAAGAAACUAUUCAAAUAA